AUGGACUUUCAGACAUCCAGACGAGGACUGGUGCCCGCAUUCCUUCUUUCUAUGCUUACUGUUACCUUCUGCGCGUCGACAAACAACGCACCCAGCACCGCCUCGAAGCGAGACUCAAAGAAGGCUACCCAGCCGCUCAGCUCGGACCGUGACUUUUGGUUCACCAAUGUGACGGUCGGAGACGGAUCCAGCAUGAAUCUACUCGUCGACACGGGCUCAACAAACAUAGUACUCAACAUGGGAUUAUACAAACCAUCCAAAGACUCUGUGGACACGAAAGAGCCUUUUGCCGUCGCUUAUGGGACCGCCCAGAGCAACGGGACCGGGUCAGCAUUUAUCAACGGCACGCUCUACCAAGACACAGUGACCCUUGCCGGUCUCACAGUCGAAAACCAAACCCUCGGCGUUGCCAACGAGUCCCAGUCAUCGACGAACUACCCCCACGACGGCAUCAUCGGGUUCGGCGCCCAGCGCUUCGCCGCCGACAAUGCCACCUCUUGGUUCCACAACCUAUGCGCUAACAGCCUCGUGGAAGAGUGCCGGUUCGGGCUCGCGCUGAACGACGCCAAUUCCGGGUCGUUGGUCGUUGGCACCCUCGACAGUGAUCUGUUUGAUGGUGACUUGACCAAGACGCCGAUCGCCGAGGAAUGGUUCACGUACGGCGAUGUUGUCGUGGGAGGGCAGACACUGGAGAAGGAUGCGAUUAUUGAAUUCGACAGCGGCAGCACCGCGAUCGUGGGCCCAACCGACGCCGUGACCAAGAUCUUCAACUCGCUCGGCGCCGUCGUUUCCUUGUACGGGACGUUUGACGAGCCUCUGUUGACAGCACAAGUAUCCUGCUCGACAAACGCCACGGUUGGUUUCCGCUUUCCGUCCAGCAACGUGACUGCCGCGGAGCAGAGUGUCAAAGCGCGGACCUUUGACGUCCCGAUCGCAAGUCUGCUGGUUCCUUCGACAGACGCGUCAAAUCCGAACUGCACUGUCGCGCUGGUGGGGCAGGAUUUUGCGGACUUGCCGGGACUGUGGGUGCUGGGCCAAUCGUUCUUCCAGGGCAAAUACAUUGAUCAUAAUCUCGACGACGGGACGAUUGGACUGGCCACCCUGAAAGCGUCCGCUUCUAAUUCGUCAUCUGGUUCUUCUGGGUCCGACUCGGGCACUGGCAAUGGCAAUGGGAGUUCCAGUGGCAGCGGCAGUGGUAGUGGAAGUUCUUCCUCAUCCAACUCGGCCGCCAGUCUUCGCGGUCCUGUUUAUUUGGCGUGCGCUCUCCUGGUCUUGUACUUUGGCUUUGGAUCUGCCAUGUUGUAA